AAAUUCGUCCCACUAGUGUCGUCGAGGAAAGGAGGAAAAAAAACUUUUUUGACAUUUUUCAUUUUACCUUAUUUUGGCAGUCGUCUCCUGCGCUUCGUUCGGUGUACACACGCAUCAGAGUAACCCCCAUCGCAUCGGAGGAACCACCCUCUCUCCUCCGCAAUUUCAGAGGAAGGAGUUAGAACAGAGGAACGGAGAUCCAGCCGUGAACAAUCCCGAAAAAGGAAUUUUGCAAGUCUGUAUCCGCGCGCACCGGCGGUCGUUGAAACGAAGAAAAUCGCGAGUCGUAGUCCGCAAACGUGGAAAUUUAUCGAAAAUUUUCCAAUUUUUCAUACGCAAAAAAAAAGAGUUGCCUUGCCCCUUUUGCGCGAGUGAAUUGCCCGUGUGAAUUGCCCCUGUAUCAAUUACGUACGGAUAUAGGCGAAUUUUAGUCGAUAGUCGUGCCCUGGUGUUUGGUAAUCAACGAGUCUGAAACGAAGUGAAUGAAUCACGACUACCGCAGUGACAACGACGAAGAGAAGAAAAAAAGAGUAGUCGACUUUUUUUCAAGUUCAAAUUUUCACUUUGCGCGAAUGCCUGACCAUUAGGGUGGCCCUUGGAUUGUAUGGGCAAAUUUGAAAAGACUGGAAUUUCAAAUCUUGCAGCAGUUUCUGAGACACCAUCAAAGUCGGGGCUGGUACAGAUCGACCGCAUUAGCACAGCGUAGUUGGCAUAUACGUACAAAUACGUGCGGUCGGUCGAAAGUGAGUGAGAGUGAGUGUGAUUUUGUGCGAAUUCUUCGUUUUUUUUCUGUGGUGUUGCUGCCGUGCCGUACCGUGUAGUGUGGCCUGUGUACGGAGCGCGCGCGAUUCCACCCGAAAAGAAAGGUAGGAGUCGAAGAGCUUUAGUGCGUGACUAAAGCAGCUGCUGGCAGGCUGGCUGACUGACUGACUGACUGGUGGGAGCGCCAGCGAGACUCGUCGUAGCAGGCCGUGUGUUUGUGUGCCGUGCCGUCCAAGGCCUACCCAGAGCGGAGCUUGGAGCGAACGAACAGUAGCGCCGCCGUCAGCCCAGAGUUCAGGAUCUUCCAACGCCUACUCCAUCGUCCAUCGUGCGCGCGGCUAGGCAACGACGACGACAACGACGGUCAUCAAGACGUAGUCUACUAUGUUCGUUCUAAAUUCGGACAGAUUGUUCAACCGUGUGGGACUAGAAGACGCCUAAUAUGCCGGUGAUAUCAGCAUAUUCGACCAGUGGCAGUAGUUAUCCAUCUUAUCGCUACAAGUCUAGCCUAACAGAUCGGAAGAGCUAUACCACUAGUAGCAGCAGUAGCAGCCUCAGCAGCAGCCUCUACCGGAGAAGUUCGUAUCGCUAUGACCUACCGAGCUCCUUGUCGUCAAGCUAUUCAACGUCCUACCGUACGACAAGCUCGGCAGCCGAUCGCACAGCGGACGCAGACCUCUCCUCGACACUAGCUUCCGUCAAGGUAUCGUCCAACGGCGACAGCGUUAGCAGUAAAGACACCAUUAGACCUAGUCGGUAUUCGACAGCCUAUAGUUAUAGUUCCUCGCUAAGUUCAGCGCCUCUACGAGACUACAGUUCACGACUGAGCUCGCGGUCGUCCGAUAUCCGGUACAAGGAUCGGGACAACAACUGCUACUGUGCAGGCGGUGCCGGUUCGUCUAGCUACGUAUCGAAUCUACGCAACACCGCACUGAGCGGUGCCGAGAUCUACCAGAAGUACAGCGUUUCAACCUACAAACCUAACAGCUUCGAGCGCGUCAUACCGUCCAGGUCACCGUCGGAAACUCCCAAGCCGACCGCCAGUAUCUUGAAGAGCUCUUCGCCAACGUCCGUAGACAUCAGCAAGGUAAACAACAUUCCAGCUAAAGAUAGAAACAGUAAUUUUGACGCCGCCAACAAUAACAAUAGCCCUAAUACUAACACUAACCAUGGCACCACAAGUGUUGCUAAUAAUCCACUACUAGAAACUAACAGCAAGCUCACAGCGGCUAACAACUCCGGCGCCAAACCGGCUAGUGCAGCAUGCUUUGUCAGCGCCCGAUCCGACAGCUCCACUAGUUGCAAUACCACAAUUACAACCUCCACAACCACCACCACCACAACAAUUACUACCACUACCUCUUCUACUACAUCCGUGUUACUGUCAUCAUCGUCAUCAUCUUCGGUGCUGAACGAUUCGACACCCGCCAGCAGCAGCAAUCCGGCGUCUCAAACACGUCUGCGCAAACCCGCGCCAGGUCCCACGGUUCCACUUAGGUCUACCCUGAGCAAGCUACGACCCCAGAGACCUCCUCUGCCGAAGAGCGUCCUCAACGGUAGUUCAGGUGAACUCUCGCCAUGCUCCUCCGGUAGACGCAAGGAACUACUCGGCCUCUCCAGUUACCGUAACCAUAACUUUCUCAAGCACGAGUGUGAUCUGGUCAAGCGAGAGCUUAGCAAAAGUGCCACAGAAAUUGCCUUCAAGAAGAGCUCGUCGCUAGCUGGGAAACCAACAGGACACGGAUCUUCGGGUAACCUUUUGGUAGAAGCCCCCGCCAAGCUGGAUGUAGCGAAGGUCAAACAAUACCUACCACCCGUAUCGAAAGCAACAACAUCGGAAACAACGAAACACGGCCACCAGCCCAAAGAUCAUGAGGAUGAUGACAAAAACCAUCACCAUAAUCACAUCCAACAACACGAAAAUAGCAACAACAACAACAACCAAUCAACCGGCAUCUCAUCAUCACUUCCGCAGCCAUCUAGCGCAGCGCAGUCUGGUGUCGAACUACUAAAACCAAUAGAUAGGCCAACAACCACGGCAACAACCAUUCUCGAUUGUACUCAAAAAAAUGAUACUUCUCUUUUCAAACCAUCUUCAUCAUCGACCACGACUUCAACAACUCCAACAACACCGUCAACAACAACUACAGAGUCGCUAACAACUGCUUCCUCUCGUUCAUCAUCAACCUGUUGUACCGUAAACCGUACUUAUACUACCAAUUCUCGUUCCGCCGUCGCGGCGCCCGGCGACACGAUGAAAUCGCUGCACAUCACGUCCGAAAUCGAUGAACCGAUCACGCACGCCACGAUCAAGCUGCGGCCGGCGUUGAACGGAACGUCCAACGGCGGCGGCCACAAGAUUCUCGCCACCGCUUCGGCCACCACGGACGACCUCCACGACGGAGGAGACUACCAUGUGACGGCCACCAUACGAAUCAAACCAAAGUCUAGCAUAAGUCACAGCACAAGUAGCAGCAGCAGUAGCAGCACCAACGGCAGCACGACCAGCAUCAACAAUAACAACAACAAUGCAAACGACAGCAGCAGCGACGAUCACGAGAUCGUCAACGGCAGCGGUAGCAGAUAUGACAGCAAGAGCAAUCUCAGCAACGGCAACAACAACAACAACAACAGUGCUAACGCACUGAACGACAGCGAACGAAGAGCGGAGCAUCAGGAAGACAGACGAGUGAAUGGUUUCGCCGCCGAUGUUGACGGCGAACAAUCGCCGGCCAUCGCUAGCGCCAACUCAGUGAUGGUAGACAAAGAGCCGAAAGUCAAUGACGAUGAUAAAGUCUCUUAUCUCCGCACGGGAACUGCCUCCAAGAGCAUCCACUCGACCAGUCCCGUAGGUUACCGCAGCCGGGACUACGACUCGGGCAUCAGCAGCUACCGAACCGGACUUGGCAGUUCGUCCCUUUCGUCCUCUUCGGCGCUCAAGUCCAUCUAUGAUCGCAGCACCAAUGACGACUCCCACGAAACAUCCCGCAGCGGUAGCAGUCGGAAAGAAGGGCUGUGCGGUCUGUGGAACAUCGGCAACACGUGCUUCAUGAAUUCGAUAAUACAGUGCCUCAGCCAUACCCGGGAAUUGACAAGCUUCCUACGCCAGCAGUCCACUACGGAACGGGGCACGACCAAGGAUCACAAGAUCCUCGCUGAAUACACCAAACUGAUCAAAGACAUGUGGAGCGGCACCACCCGUAGCGUCAAUCCAUCCGAACUAAAGUAUGCCUUCUCCAGCAAGCACCGGAUGUACUCCGGAUCGGCCCAGCAGGACGCGCAGGAGUUUCUGCGGUUCUUCAUCGAUUCGCUGCACUGUGCACUGAACGAAUCCGUCAAACGGGAGCCCAUCAACCGGGCGAUCGAGGACGACGAUAUGGACAACCGCGUCAAAGUCACCAUGAUGUGGGACUGGUACUCGCGGGUGGAGAACUCCAUGAUCAAGAACCUGUUUGUCGGACUGCUAAGAAGUACACUGACAUGUACAUACUGUAACGGUGCCAGCGUGACCUUCGAUCCGUUCUGGGAUCUCAGCUUACCCCUUCCGUCCACCAAUUCGCGGUGCAAGCUGGAGAACUGUAUGGACAUGUUCGUCAAGGAGGAGAUCAUGGACGGCAUCGAUCAGCCGACCUGCUCGCGGUGCAAGGCCCGGCGAAAGUGCACCAAGAGCCUCACGAUCGAGCGGUUCCCCAAAUACCUGGUGAUACAUCUGAAGCGAUUCUCCGAGACACGGUGGAGCAACAAGCUGACCAACGUGGUCGAGUUUCCAACGGGCGAACGCGAACUCAACCUGCAGUCAUACGCUUCCGAGGACCACAGCGGACCGGUUUACUACUCGUUGUACGGGAUUUCGAACCAUAUGGGAUCCACAGCUGGUGGUCAUUAUGUGGCCGUUUGCAAGCAUCCGGUCUCCAAAGAGUGGAACGAAUUCAACGAUAACUUUGUGAGCGAAACGUCUGAAAGGAGUUUGGUCACAUCCAGUGCCUACGUAUUGUUCUACGAGCGAGCGUGAAGAAACCUACCUAUAGAAAAAAAACAGUAGAAGUUCAAGAAAUGAAAACAAGAAAUUAUGAGAGAUGGUUAUUUUAGAGACACUAGUGCAAGAAAAACAAAACAAAACAAUUACCUAAAACCUAUGAGAACGGUGAACAAUAUUAACACACUUUGAAACAACAAGCAAAGUAGUUGCGUAAGGUAUAGGAACUCUGAAGGCGGAAAACGCCCAAACGACAUACAUUUAAAACGUUUAUUAGCCUGUAAACCCAAAACCAGUGAGGAGGAAUAGCUGCAAAGCAGAGCUACUGCUGUGAACCACGAGAGAAGAGGCAGAACUAGAUUUGUAAUAUUUAUUUUUCUAUUUAUUGACACAAGAAAGUAUACAUGAAUCCCAAAACAGGAUCAGUAACAAACAAACUGUUAGAACACAGAACGUAGUCAUCCCUCAAAUCUAAGUCCCCUAGUUGUUGAAAAGUUGUUUUCUUUUACUUGUUAUUAUUUAUUUACACAUCACUUAGCGUCCAGAAACUUAUUUUUAUUUAAUUCAAACUGUUAGCCAUAUCUUGAUUUUAUCCUUAAUUUAUUGAGCUCUUAGUUUUAACUUCUCCAAAGCAAAAGCAACCCCCAAAACUAGCCCAAGGUAAUCUCGUUGAAAAGUGGAACCCAAGAAAUUGAAAAUGAGUACUAUAAGACAAAACAAACUUAGAACUUUUAGAGCCAAGUUGUUAUAAAUUUUAGAAUAAAUACAGAAAAAAGAGGGUCAAACAAUCCAACUAGUUCCAGGCACUUCUCGAAACGAAAAAGAAAAAAAAAUAUACUAAACGAGUCCAAGAAGAAUAAGCUCGAAAAAGGUGCAAAACAGCGAAUGGAACUACUACAACAACUACCCGUCAGGUGUCUCUGAUGUCCCCAGAUUAACCAUUGUUGCGUUGUGUUGAACAUUAAUAAACCAAAAAAACUGUCAAAUUAGUCAA